AUGCGAGCGAUCCUGGCGAUGUACCUGAACGAGAGAUUAAAGCUGUCGCAGGCGACGGCGACGGAGAUGGUGCAUCUCUUCAUCGUCGCCGCGUACCUCGCUCCCCUGUUUGGCGCGUUCAUCAGCGAUAGCUACCUGGGCAAGUACCGGACCAUCCUGUACCUCUCCUUCAUCUACUGCGCCGGCAACUGGCUCGUCGCCUUCUCCGCGCUUCACACCACGCCGUCCGCCGCGCUCCCGUGGGCCGUCGCGGGGCUGACCUGCCUCGCGCUGGGCAGCGGCGGCAUCAAGCCGUGCGUGUCGUCGUUCGGCGGCGAUCAGAUCGAGAUGACCAACCCUCCCGGCGCGGCUCGGGACCGCCUGGUUCGGCAGUUCUUCUCGUAUUUCUACUUCGCGAUCAACGUCGGGUCGGGGAUCUCGACGAUCGUCACGCCGCUGUUGCGCGUUAAUUUCUCGUAUAGCGCCGCGUUCGCGCUGCCGGCCGUGCUGAUGAUGGUUGCCACGUGUCUCUUCUGGCUCGGCAGCGGGAGUUACGUGCACCAGCCGCCCGCGGGAAACGUGGUGUCGGAAGUCCUCUCGAUAAUCAUCUCCGCUUUAUGGCCGGGGAAAGCGCGGCGGAAAUCCUACCCCACCCUGGCCAUUCCCAUGCCCAUGCCAAUCCCGGAACGCCACGCCAGCUGCGCUGACGUGGACAGCUCCCCGCUCCUCUCCAGCAGCCCCGCGUCGUUUGGCGCGGGCAGGGGAGGCAGCUUCCAAUCGGGGAGCCCGCUGCUUGGCGGCCAGUCCGAAUCAUUUCAGACUCAGACUCAGAGUCAGCAGCUGAAAGGCAGCCAGCCGACGCUGCAGAAGAAGCUUUCAAAGCGGGGUAGCAAGCGGGCCAUAGUGCCGGUGGGGUUUGUUCCCAAGGCGCACUGGCUGGAUCCCGCCAAGGGCGCGCACGGGGAGGAGGCGGUGGAGGACGUGAAGCUGCUGCUGCGCGUGCUGGCGCUGUUCGCCCCCGUGCCCAUCUUCUGGUCGCUCUUCGACCAGCAGGCCAGCCGCUGGGUCUUCCAGGCGGAGCGCAUGGACGGGCAUUUCUGGGGGAUCACGGUGGAGCCGGAUCAGAUGCAGACCAUGAAUGCAGCGCUCAUUCUGGUGAUGAUACCGCUAUUUGAUCAGGUGAUUUAUCCUUCGUGCGAGCGCCUGGGCGUGUCCAUCCGCCCCAUCCGCCGCAUGGCCACCGGCAUGACCCUCGGCGCCCUCAGCUUCGCGCUCUCCGGCCUCCUCCAGAUUUGGAUCGAGGCUCGGGCCAAGUCUGGCUCACCGAGCCUGCUACUAGGCUCGGCAGUGACCGCUGCUGUUGCAGGGGUGGGGAGUGUGGGCGCAGGGGAUGGAGCUGGUAGGGUGCUACUGGACAUGAUUGGGGGUAACAUGACAGCAAGUGUUAGCAGUUUUGGCGGCAUGAGUGGUAUGAGUAGCAAUGCCAGCAUGAUGAGCAAUAUGAGUGGUAUUGCUGGUCCAAUUGUGGCUGGUCCCACGAUGGACGGAUGGGGGGGUGACCUGGUGGCAAUGGGAGCGGCAACAGCAGCAGCAGUGGGUACAGCAGGAACAGCAGCAGUGGAAGCAAUGGGAGGCCUAGCAGCAGCAGCAGCGGGGGCAGCUGGAAACAGCAGCAGGCAUGUGCUGCAAGCGUGUGGGGACCCGGGCAGCCCGCCAUGUGUGUCACUGGCAUGGCAGGUGCCACAGUAUGUGAUCAUGACAGCGGGGGAGAUCCUCUUCAGCAUCACAGGCCUUGAACUCGCUUACUCUCAGGCCCCCGCCAGCAUGACUGCUGUUGUCACUGCUUUUUGGUGCCUCACUGUGGCUGGAGGCAAUCUCUUCACGGCGGUGGUGGUGGGGACUGUCGGCUCACACCUCUCUCAAACGCAAGAGUUUUUCUUCUUCACCAUCAUGUGCCUCAUCUCCACUGCUCUACUACUCUAUGUCGGCAAGGGCUUCAUCUAUGUAGAGAGCUGCCAGGACUUUGAGCACCCUGACCCCUUCUCGCAGGGUGGUGCUGGUGGGUUUGGUUCGGUUGGUGGGAGUGGUGAGGGGCAUAGUGCCCCGCUGCCUGUGCCCGGUGGGUCGGGUGCGCGGCACGAUGCGCUGUUUGAUAUUGAAGGGGCGGGGAGCGUGAAUUCGCCGCCUGCUUCGUACACUGGCACGCCUACAUGA